CGCGACCCGCCCUGAGUGCGUCGCGCCAAGUGUUACUGACAGUACGUACAGUCAGGGGACAGAAAGCCGUCUCUCCCCGACGAUCGAGUUUAAGUCAGUGUCCUCCCGACGCGCCUCUCUGCCACGUUAGGUCUAAACGUCACCGGCGUGCCCACCAUAUUGCUCGCGCUGUACCCAAAGCAUAUAAAGCAUCGAUUGGGCAUCUUCGCCAGCACACAAACUAGGUUACCGUGUUAUCCCGUACCGGAAUCACACAUCGCUCUGCCAUACUGCUGCUAUUCUGGGGACGAAGUCAACCCGUUUAUGUACUUCGCCGGUCUUGGCUCUUCCACGGAACCUUGGCAUAUAUCUCUGAGAAAAUCGGUGAAUUCCAGAGUUUUGCCGAAUUGGACUUUCCCGACGUUUCCGGUGGUCACUCGCCCCAGCUCGGCUUCCCGGGCUACGGGUGGAGCGUUUCAUUUCAUAAAACGCCAUGUUCAACAAUCUUUUCAGGAAGUCUGAGCCGGUAGAUGCCUCCAAAGCCGCGCCGGAGCCCGCGAAUCCACCGCUGCCAUCCGCCGCAGCCCCGCCUAGACCUUCCUACUCCUCUGGAACACCUCCACCGACGGGGCAACCGCAGUCCAGUGAUGUAUUUAUCAAACUGGCCUUGGAGCAGUUGCAAGCCGCGAAGGAGGCCAAGAAGUUGACGCCUCUUAGAAAUGCCUCACAAUCGGCGCUGGAGGCACUGGAAUCCCACACGAUCAUGGACUCGCAAUCAAUACAGACCAUCUUCUCCCCGUUCCAAAUCGCGUGUCGGACCCGCCAACCCGUUCUCGCCACUAUUGCGAUCGAUUGUCUUGGGAAGCUUUUCACGUACAACUACUGGGGAAAGCAUGAGGUCAUAUUGGAGGGAGGCGCCGCCGUUGGCGGAUCCGUGGCGGAUCUGGAUAUGGAACCGCCGAUGAAGGAGUCGGGUCGGCUAUCGGGGGAUGAUGACCGUAGUAGCAUGGAGAGUGAGCCGGAUGGGAGCGGCGGGAUGGUUGCAUUGGUGGUAGAUACCAUAUGCGAUACGUUUGGUGGUGGAGAGAAUACAGACGAGAAAGUCCAAUUGCAGAUUGUGAAGGCUUUAUUGGCAGCAGUCUCCGCUACCGAUCCCAACGCCGCCAUCCACGGCGGAGUGCUCUUGAAAGCAGUCCGCACAACGUACAACAUCUUUUUGCUUUCGAAAUCUGCAAACACGCAGAUUGUCGCGCAAGCGACUUUGACUCAGAUGGUACAGGCCGUUUUUGGUCGCGUGCCGAAAGUUCACAAGAUCGAGGCGAAUCCAGGGACCCCAGUGCCUGAAGACGCGCAGUCAAACCCUGCGGAGGAUGGAAACAAAAUAUCCAAUAUGGCUGGAGAAGGAAAAGGCACACCUACGUCAGAAUCCGAGCCGAAACUUCCAGCGACGGAGGGAAGCGUAGACGAUGCUCGGUCAGCACGGUCAGAGCCGCAUAUGAAGGGUUCGCGCAGCAUUGAUAGCAUGAGUUACGAUGGUGACCAGACUGGUGCAACACAGGCUUUGAAGGAUCUAACGCGUGGCGCGGCAGUUCGGGCAUCUCAGGACAUUCUGAACGAGUCGUCCAAGCAAGUCAAAGGGUCGCCGGCUGACCAAUACUUGAAAGACGCGUAUCUUGUCUUCAGGGCUUUGUGCAAGUUGAGCAUGAAGCCAAUCCCAGCUCCAGAGGGGGCAACUGAUCUCAAAUCUCAUGCGAUGCGGUCCAAGCUCCUGUCGCUCCACCUCGUCUUCACAAUCCUCUCCACUCAUAUGUACAUAUUUACUAUUCCUGCGCCAGUUCUAUUUUCCUCCGGCACUGCAACGAAAGGCGAUCCUAGCGCGGUCUUUUUCGUCCACGCUGUGAAGCAGUAUUUAUGUUUGAGUUUGAGUCGCAAUGCUGUGAGCGUGGUUCCACAAGUGUUCGACAUCUCGCUGGAGAUUUUCGGGAAGGUUUUAACGGGAUUGCGGACUGUAUUGAAGAAAGAGCUUUCCGUCAUAUUCACCGAGAUCGUGAUCCCGAUUGUGGAAGCACGGUCGUCUAUAACCUUUCACCAGCGCAUGUCGUUGCUGAAAUCGCUGGAACGUAUUCUUUCCGAUCCACAAGGAGAUGGGGGGAGGAUCCUCGUCGAGAUCUAUCUCAACUAUGAUUGCGAUGUCGAAGCAGGAGCCCGAGAAAACAUUUGGGAACGUCUGAUAAACGCAUUGGCGAAAGUGAUGACGCAACACUACGAGCCGAGUGCCACACCCACCGCGCAAGCAGCGCAGCAGACGCAAAAAAUCGGCCUUGGAGGUCCACCCGCAAUCACCACCGCGAAUAUGACCAGUUUCACGAAAGACCAAGUGCGCGAGCUCUAUUCUUCUACCGGCGAUUACAUGGAGUUGAAGAAGCGCGGGCUGGAGCUGAUGGUCAGAGGCGUGCUGCGACCUCUGAUUGCCUGGUGCAGUACAAGAAGUCCUGUGGCGGCCCAGGCGCUAGACGAGGAGAAGGCUCGUAAAAGCGAGGAAGGGGACACAUCAGGGAAACUGGGUCUGCUAACCGAGGAGGAUGGGAAGAAGGCUUCAGCGGUGAAGCGAACCGCCGACGAUCCGACCGCGUUCGAGAACCUCAAACAGCGGAAACAGGUGUUGAGUGAAGGCAUCAAGCAAUUCAACUUCAAACCCAAAAAGGGCAUGCAGUACCUUCUGAAUUCUGGUUGCAUCGCUUCUCGAACGCCGCGCGAUAUCGCUCGAUUCUUGCUCACGAACGACGGACUCAACAAGUCGAUGAUUGGAGAAUUCUUGGGCGAAGGCGAAGAGGAGAAUAUCGCGAUCAUGCAUGCUUUUGUUGAUGAGAUGGAUUUCACAGGCCUCACAUUCACCGACGCCUUGCGACUCUUUCUACAAUCGUUCCGAUUGCCUGGAGAAGCCCAGAAGAUCGAUCGAUUCAUGUUGAAAUACGCGGAGCGUUACGUUAAAGGCAACCCUCAAAGUUUUAGUAGUGCUGACACAGCCUAUGUAUUAGCUUACUCCGUGAUUAUGCUCAACACCGAUCAACACAAUGCGCAAGUAAAAAAGCGCAUGACGAAGCCGGAGUUCAUCAAGAACAACCGCGCCAUUGACAAUGGUCAAGACAUCCCACCGGAAGUUCUUGAAGCCAUCUACGAUGAGAUCAACAAGAACGAAAUUGUGAUGAAGGAUGAACAAUCGGCCGCCGGUCUUGUUAGUCCUGGCGGACCAAACUCGGCCUCCGGUGCUGGCGCCGCAGGUGCCAAGCGUGAAGUCGCGCAAUUCGCGUUGGCGAGCGAAACAAUGGCUUUGAAAACGGAAGCUAUGUUCAAUACCAUGCUGAAAGGGAAGAGCAAGCGCAGCACUCUCAUUGCGUCGAAUAAGGAAAGCACGGCCUCGGGCGAAUUCUACGUUGCAAGACACUAUGAGCACGUAAAGGGAAUGUUCCAAAUCAUCUGGAUGAGCAUUCUCACCGGCAUCAGUGGACCAUUACAGGAGAGCGAGGAUGUCGAGACCAUUCUCGUCGCAUUGGAGGGGUUCAAGCACGCUACGCGCAUCGCCUGUCUGUUCGAUAUGGACCUGGAAAAGAAAGCAUUCAUCUCCACACUGAGCAAAUUCACCAUGCUGGGCAACAUGCAGGAGAUGAAAGCGAAGAAUCUGGAGGCAACCAAGUGCUUACUGGACAUCGCGUUCACCGAAGGAAACCAUUUAGGGGAAAACUGGAAGGACGUGGUGCUUUGUGUGAGUCAAUUGGAAAAGCUCCAAGUCGCAGGAGAGAACGAACAAGACGGGUCAAGACCACGCGCGUCGACCGACAGACUUCAACGACGCGAGUCGUCGCAUGGACUCACGCGUACUGGAUACCUCCAGGAAGCUGCGGCCGAAGCUAGUUCGCAGAGCAUGACUGUCGUAGUUGAUCGAAUCUUCACGGGAAGCGUGAAGCUCUCCGGUUCCGCCAUUGUAGCGUUCGUGAAAGCCUUAUGCGAGGUCUCAUGGGACGAAAUUACGUUCUCUUCCGAUCGCGAGCAUCCACGUAUGUACUGCCUUCAGCGGCUCGUCGAAAUCUCCUACUAUAACAUGAAGCGUAUUCGUGUCGAGUGGUCCAACAUCUGGGCCAUCCUUGGAGAUCACUUCAAUCAGGUCGGAUGCCAUCCCAACAGCAACGUGGGAUAUUUUGCCUUGGACAAAUUGCGCCAGCUGGCCAUGAAAUUCUUGGAAUUGGAGGAGCUACCCAAUUUCAAGUUCCAAAAGGACUUCCUACGACCUUUUGAGCAUGUACUAGGGAAUAACAGCGAUGUGAAGAUCAAGGACAUGGUGUUGGCGUGUUUGCAACAAAUGAUCCAGGCGAAAAGCAAAAGCAUCAAGAGUGGUUGGAAAGCUAUGUUUGGCGCGUUCAUUCGGGCCGCCAGGGAGACCCACGAACCCAUCGUUCUGCUCGCCUUCGACAUCGUAAAGGGAAUCUUCAAGACAAAUUUUGAAAGUGUCGUCGUCAAUCAAACUUUCCCAGAUGCUGUAUCCUGCCUGGUGGAACUAUGCAAGAACCGCAAAUUCGCGCGAACCAGCCUCCAAUCCGUCGAGAUUCUCAAGCAAUCCAUCCCUCGCAUCUACGAGCUCUCCAAGACGCAACAAGGGUCGAAGCUUCUCAUCACCGCUGCUAGCACUAUGAAUGUGAUGCGGUCGAACGAGAACCUGACAGAGUCGGUACAUCAGGGACUCUUGGCUUCCACGCCGACAUCUGCUGCUACACCUGCUGCUGUGGCGACUGGCCAAGCGAAGUUGGCUGUACCUGCUGCCACGGCAGCUGGUGGGCUAGGCCCGGAAGACGACCCCAGCUUCAGAUUUUGGUUCCCGAUCUUGUUUGGGCUAUACGAGGUUAUCAUGACUUGCGACUUGGAGGUUCGAACCAGGGCUUUGAAUUACCUUUUCGAUACUUUGAAACAAUACGGUGCAUCAUUUUCACGCGACUUUUGGGAGGUCAUUUCCAAAGGGGUUCUCUUCCCUAUAUUCGACGACUUGCGCCUAUCCAGGCAGGAGCACACGAAGUUCGCCAACAAGGAAGACAUGUCUGUCUGGCUCUCUACCACGCUCAUCCAAGCACUACGGCAGUUCAUCGACUUGUUUGGUCAUUAUUUCGAUACACUGAGCUUUCAGAUCGAUGGAGUCUUGGAGCUCCUGACAGUCUGCAUGACGCAAGAGAACGAGACGCUUGCGAGAAUCGGAAGUACCUGUCUUCAGCAAUUUAUCGAGGGCAACGUGUCCAAAUUGGAUGGCGAUAUAUGGGAGAAGAUUUCCACCAUGUUCGUCCAUCUUUUCGAUGUGACAACACCGAAUGCUCUGUUCUUCGACCCCAAUGAGAGUGGAGAUAUCCCAGCGCCAGCUUCAGCCAUUCAACCACCAACUAUUAUGCCACUUGGAGAAGAGAAGGGUCUGUCCAUUGAGACCCGUCCGAAACGCCCAAGACCUCAGAAGAAGGAGUUUCAGCAAAUCAUCGUCAAAUGCGUGCUUCAUCUUCUCGUCAUUCAAACUCUGCAGGAAGUGCUUGCGUCAGGGUCUGACGACGCCGUAUAUCGCAGCUUGAACUCCAAAAACCUCUUCACGUUACUAGACUGUCUCGAGCGAAGUUACCGCUUCGCCCGCGCUUUCAACGGCGACAUGGAACUACGGAUGGCGUUAUAUCGCAUGGGUUUCAUGAAACAGCUACCGAAUUUGCUGAAACAAGAGACGAGCAGCGUGUCGACUUAUGUGGGCGUGCUGAUCAAGAUGUACCUAGAUCCAAGCGAUGAAAGGACAGGCAUGAGGCCGGAGAUCGCGAAGAGAUUAGUGCCAUUAUGUCACGACAUUCUUACACAUUACAACUCAUUGGAUCCCGAAUCCAAGCGGCGGAAUGUCAAUGCAUGGCGGCCGGUAGUCGUGACGAUACUCAACGCUCUCAUUGAUUUCGAUAACGAUCAGUUCCGUCUCCAGAUGCCACAUUUCUACGGCGAGGUGGUCAAUCUUCUCGGCCAAGACGUGACUCCUGACAUCAGGCUCGUACUGCACGCGCUACUCAUCCGCACCGGAAUGACGUUCGGGAUCAUGACGGAAGGGGAAGCCCUAAGUGCCCGCGCGAGUCGCACAUCCCUUACCGGCAGCAUGGAGGCUUUGCAAGCACAAGAAUCCAUUGCACUGAUACCCGAACAUGGCAUCGGAAAGACCUUUUCGACCAUCAACACAGACGCUGGAGAUGACGCCGGAGCGUUAGCUAGCGGCUUAAUCGAGUCAGGUGGUGUGGAUGCCGAGGCGUUACCAGAUUUGGGCAUCCCAGACGCGCCACUGGAUAUCGGCGACGCUGAUGGAGAUGGACCAACCAUGAGAGGCGAAGGUGGCUGGAUUGUCAGCAACAACGAUCUCUUACAGCCCGACGAAUCUGUGGCCAAGCCUGGCAUGCCUGUUGGGGACACAUCGUCCUCAAUAGCAGCGAUCACACUUGUGUCAAAUGAUUCGCAUCAGGUAUCUGGCCAGCCACCAGAAGCAGCUGAGAGCGCUCCAUCGAAUACGGACCGCGCCCUCGCGUCAGAAUACCCCUCUUCGGGGUCAGACGAGCGCCAACGGAAGGAGCACGAAGAACAGGACAAGGCGGAGAAUGAUGGACUUGAUUUUACGUAGUCAUCCUGCAUCCCUCCAAGCCCUAAAUGGAAAUUCUGUCCCAUAUAUCCAUUUUCAUUCCAUUUAUCAUCUUGACAUCUUUGACUGUCGUCUCCAUACAACGGCGC